AUGUCAAGCGACGAAGAAGAUCUGCCGGAAACAAGGCCGGGCUCUCCAGAUGGAAAGGACGUCGACGAUCUGCCAGAGACCGACCCGGAAAACGGAAAUGGUAAAAAGGAGAACGACUAGAAAGAGGAGACCGAGAUCAUUUCAGAUUCAGACGAUUCGUUCGAAAACGUAACGCAGAGUAGACCAGUCGCUGACGAAGAUUAUGAUUCAUUCGAUGAUUUUGUGCCCUCUCAGACGCCGGCGAAAAAGAGAACUCUGGAUGAAACCGUGCAAUCGGAAUCAUCUUCCGACGGAUCAAACGCCGACGACAGCGAAUUUGUGCCCGCUGACGAUGACGACGAGACCCAGAAGGAAAGGAAAUACACUCUGAGAGAGCGGAAGCCAGUGACGGCGGCGGAGAAUUCGUGGGACGAGGAAGAGGCACAGGUAAAAGCGGAGAAAGAGUCGAACGCGUCUAUGAAUGACUCUCUCGACGAUCCCGAGUUUGUGGAAUCUGUUCUCGUCGCGAAGGAAUCAUCAACCAUCAAACGAAAGAAACAUUUCCUUGACGAAGGAGAGUUUUUGACUGGCAAACAGGCUGUGAAAGUGGACGAACAGACGAAGCAGAAGUGGGCCAAGAUGACGUCGCCACCACCAGAAGCCCUGCAAGCGCUGAAAGAGUUUUACGGUCACAAAGGAUUCCGCGAGAAACAGUGGGACGUGGUAAGGAAUGUGCUUGCGGGAAACGAUCAGUUCGUGCUCAUGUCAACUGGAUACGGUAAAAGUGUGUGUUACCAACUGCCUUCCCUUCUUCUCAACUCGAUGACUAUCGUCAUUUCUCCGUUGAUUUCUCUGAUGAACGACCAAGUGACGACGUUGGUCGCGAAAGGAAUCAAUGCGAUCAAACUGGACGGAGACACGAGCAUGAAGGAUUGGGAAAGAGCCUCGAACAACUUGCACCGCAUCCGAUUCAUUUACGUGUCUCCUGAAAUGGCGACAAGCAGUAGAGGGCUCGAAUUGCUAGAGAAGUGCAGUGAAUGUAUUCAGAAUCUUAUUUUCACGUUCUUCAGUUCACUUUAUUUUCAGAUCUUUCCCUUUUGGCCAUCGACGAAGCACAUUGCGUCUCCCAGUGGGGUCACGACUUCCGCAAUUCCUACCGCCAUCUCGCUGCCAUCAGAAACCGUUCCGAUCUUUGCAAUAUUCCACUGAUCGCUCUGACUGCGACCGCCACCGUCAGAGUUCGCGAUGAUGUAAUUGGCAACCUGAAACUCAGAAGCCCUCGAAUUACGACCACGUCCUUCGAUCGAAAGAAUCUGUACAUUUCUGUGCACCCUUCGAAGGAUAUGGCCACCGACCUGGGUGAAUAUCUGCAAACGGAUGAAACAAAAGGACGACAUUUCGGAGGACCCACAAUCAUUUAUUGCCAGACGAAACAGAUGGUUGAUGAUGUGAAUAGUGCUCUCAGAAGUUAGAUACGCUUGCUUUCAUCCAAAUGAGCAUGAUAUUUCAGGAAUGGGAGUCCGAUCCGCUCAUUAUCAUGCGGGACUCACCAAAAUUCAGCGAGAGAAGGCGCACACUGAGUUCAUGAGGGAUAAGAUUACAACGAUCGUCGCGACAGUCGCCUUUGGAAUGGGAAUCGACAAGCCGGACGUUCGACAUGUCAUUCAUUACGGAUGUAAAUAGGAACUUUCUGCUCUUCCUCUAUUUCUCCUCUUGAUUUCAGGCCCAAAAGACAUUGAAUCGUACUAUCAAGAGAUGGGAAGAGCCGGAAGAGACGGAGAACCGAGUGUGUGCAGAGUGUUCUGGGCUCCAAAGGAUCUUGCGACCAACAAGUGAAUGAGUUGAGCUGGAACUGGACUGAUACUAAUUGAUUCAGAUUCAAACUACGGAAUUCGCCAUUGGGGGCAGAAGUGGUCGAGAAUAUGACUCUGAUGCUCAGACAACUCGAAUUGGUGCUCAAUACAAUGGGAUGUCGCAGAUAGUGGGAUCAAUUUGCACGUUGUUUCCUUCUAAAGUGUAUUUCCAGCCAACUUCUGAAGCACUUCGACCCGUCCAUCGUGAAACCAACCACUCCGCAGGAAGAUUGUUGUGAUCGGUGCACCGAAAUGCUCAAUGGAAAUCAAGACUGUUCUUCGAGUCUAGUUGACGUGGCAGUGGAGGCCAGAUGGCUUUUCAAGGCUAUCCAAGAUAUGUACAAUGGAAAAACAGGCAUUGGCAAACCAAUUGAGUUCUUGAGAGGAUCGGUAAUUGUUCAUUUCGAAUAUCCAUAGGAAGUUCGUCUUCUCAGAGUAAAGAAGAGUGGAGAAUAAAAACAAAUCCGCAGAAGCAGCUGUUCGGAGUGGGAAAGAAUUUGUCGGAAAAGUGGUGGAAAGCACUCGGAGGCGCCCUUCGGCUCGCCGGCUUUCUUGAUGAGAUCAGACCAAUGCACAUGAAAUUCGGAAGCUGUGUUGUGCUCUCAAAUUCUGCCGAGCACUGGCUUUUGACCGGAAAAGAGUUGAAGAUAGAGGCAACUCCCGUGUUGUUACAAGGAAAAAAAGAGAAGGGAAGGCCGCCGGCGGGAGUACCCAGAACACCGGGAGCACAGAGAAACACUACGAGUGAGGAUAAAAAGUGAGAAGAGAGAGAAAGGAAUGCUCGCAAUGAGAUUGUUGUUUUCCAGAGUCAUUCUGUUGGCACUCAAAAAGCGGGAAUACAAAUGUGCAAGUGAGGACCCGAGGCUGAUGAAUUUGAAGCAACAGAGCGAUGCGAGUCUCCCUGAAAAGGCACCUAUUUGGGGCAUCAAGCGGGUAAUUCAAAAGUUCUCUUUCAGAUUCGCCAGCUUCGUGAACGACUGGAAGACGUUCGGCUCGAAACUGCGAACAUGUUCGAAGUGGCUCCGUUCCAGAUUGCCUCCAAUUCAGUCCUCGACGCAUUCGUCAACUUCCGUCCCAAUUCGUAAGUUUAACAUAGUUUGGCUCUGAAAACGUUUGGGUUUCAGCGUCGCGAAACUAGAUGUAAUAGACGGAAUGUCGGCUGCUCAAAAGAAUAGAUACGGAAAACGAUUCGUGGAUUGUGUGGUGAAGUUCGCGGUGGAAUCUGGCAUUUCUCUGAAUGUGAACGGAAAUGAAACGGUGAUUUACCACGGAAUUCUGUCAAAGUAACGAAUACUUUUCGGUCAGAUUCCGCAAGACAUCACGGCUGUCAUGGAAAGGGAACUGCAAGAAUCAAUGAAGAAAAUCUACAGGGAACACAUUCUCUGCCGAGGAGAUGCGGUUCUCGAAGAUUGAGAUGAAAAUAAUAACAUGCUUCAAUGUUACAGAAAUAUAUUGCGGAGAAGUAUGGAAUCCGUGAUAGCACAGUGUACACUUAUCUGUCGACGGCCAUCGAGAAGGGAGGACUGCCCGUUUAUCUGACGAAAUUUAACAUCGACAAACGACUCAUCGAAAAAGUUCUGAAAGCGGCGAGACAGCAACUGGGAUCCAGUGAGCAAAACGAAAAAAGAACAGCACGGAAAUACCCAUUUCAUUCAGAUAUUGUCCGUCUGGCUCCGUGGAAAGACGCCCUUGGAGAUGAAGUAGACUAUAAUCAGUUGAAAAUGAUCAGAGCGAUUCUCAUCCACGAAUAUGGAACAGAAGAAACGGAAGGCGAAAGUGGUACGGUACCGACUAUGUUUAUCAGGAAAACCGUUCAAGUUCAGAGGGACAGAGCUCUUCAGCUCAGCCGAAACCUCCGAUCCACCGAGCGUCGUCCUCUUCUCAUCGACCACCCGCGAUGAAAAAGUUCAAAUUGUAA